AUGAGUGAAGACCCAACAACUUCCAGCUUGGGUGAUCCAAACGCUCAGCCUCCGACCCCGAGACACACACCAACAUCGGCCAGCUUUCCGGACCCUGCCUUCGAGACACCCAAGCACAGGCAUAACUCCUUCGAGGAACUGUCCAGUUGGACACCUCGCUUUGCCGAAGAAUACUCUGUUUUCAACUCGACUCCUGGAAACCUUCGAGGCUCCCACGGUGCAUUUCUCGACUUCUCCGUCACUACACCAUAUCAGGGCCAUAAAAGGCAGCAUUCGGAGAGUCUAGGUGCUCAAAUAGCAACUCAUGUCAACCAUUUCUCUCCGAACCCGAAUCUGCCGUUACCGCCCGUCGACCCCUCUCAACGACUACAAUCAUCCCCCGAUCCGUCCAUCACCGGCCGCAGUCCAACAAACUCCGACUUCCAAGUCACUUCGCAACAGGGGCCAUCUAAGAGAGUCUGCCGGGGAACACUGAGGGAGGGCCAGGUCCAAACGGCUACGCCUCCACCUUCUGCCCACAAGGGAGCACGGCGGCUUGCCCCGAAGCUUCAGACAGACACCAUGCAAAAUGAAGAAUACGAGGAGUUCGUAGCCGGCACGCCGCAGCAGCAGCCCAUGCAACAUUUUGUCCAAACCCCGAUUGGCAUGUACGGGUGCCCACUUUCGGCACCCGCCACCGCUCCGGCGUUCACCGAUUCCGGUCACUUCUGGAACGGUAUGAGUACGAUGGAUUUCGACUUUGCGGCGGCUGGCGGAAACAUGUUCCAAGCUGCAAACCACCGACCCAUGGCCUCUUUGGAUUGGGGAAAAUCCAACGACGUCUUUCAAGAAACGGGAGUUGUCCCGCCACCGCAGGUUCAUGACAACAAUCCACCCCAACGGAAAGAACGGGUGCUUGCGCCGAAACCUCCAAUGCCGAAUGUAGACACGAGCAUGUCAGAUGCUUCAAUGUUUGGGCAGUCAUUUUCAGCUCCAAUGGAUCAGGCCUUCGCCAUGAUGAAUCCGGGCAGUGGUGUGAAUCCGGGACUCUUGUUCACCCAACCUCCAUCUUCGGGCAUGGAGAUGGCCAUUUUUGAUCCCAUGUCACAGUCGCAUUUGAUGCAAUCUUGGCCAGCACCAGAGCUUCUCCCGGUGGGCGCUGAAAAGGUAAAGCGUAGCCAGAUCCGUCGUUCGGGUAGUACCAAGGAAACUGGCAAAGGAAAGAAGAUAAACCGGGCAUCCGCAAGCUCGCCAGUCAAGACGUCUGUUCGUCCGGGUCUAUCGCGGAGUGUUAGUGAGAAUCGGGGACGAAACCCGACUGGCAGGGCAUCCAACCUUCCGACCCUCGCCCCAGCUGCCAGGCCAAACCCACAGCUUGGCAGCGGUCGGUCAGUGUCUCAAGGCUCGAAAGCAAAUGGGCGGUCAUCACCGUUGAAGAACCACCACCGAUUAACCAGCUUAACCUCCAUCCCUGAAACGACUGCACCUCGGACCCGAACAUCGGUCAAGUUCACAAUCGAUUCUCGGGGCCGGGCCCAUGCUGAAACGACGGUCAUUGUGGGGGAUGAUGAACACACGCCAAAGGCGGUGCGGAGCCAGGACAACCGCAGUCCUCGCAAACAUUGGGAGUCAUCGGAAGACGACGACUCGUCAACAGACGAAGAACCGAUCAUCAUCCCAAGCAGAAAUACCUCGUUUGCAAUGCCAGAACCACGGAGGGCGGCAUUGGCGCGGGCUCUCGACUCGUCCCAGAGAAGCUUCAGCGAGCAAAGCACCGGCAGCCUGGGCAUCUUCUUCAAUGAACCUGUUUCUUCGCAAAACGAUGCCGAAAGCGAAGCCGAGACGGUGCUGAAUGUACCCACGAGAGGCAGCCGAGGCGAUGCUGCGAGCGAACUGCGCAAGGUCCGUGAGGAUCGGCAGAAAAGAGUAUCGGCCUUGAACACCAACCAACGGUUCACAUCUGUACCGCCGUACAGCGCCAACUCGACCGUAUCUCCCACCACCCUCACCCACAUCAGUAUCCCCACACCAUCGACGGAUCGAGGCAACCAGAUCCGCUGUGUCUGCAAUACCACCGAUAGUCAUAUCAAUGGAGAUGGCUACAUGGUGCAAUGCGAAUCAUGCGAGAUGUUCUUGCACGGCAAGUGCGUCAACAUCACACGGCAGACCCUGCCUCGGGUCUACAUAUGCGCCUUCUGCGCGAACACGCCCAAUGCCCAUGGUAUGCGUGGUCGAGAGGUACGGAGGAAUAUGGGAGGGUCGAAUCCGCGGGCAUCAGCUACGUCUCCGUUGGCCCGCAAGUCGUUCAAAUCGUUCAGAUGA